UAGCAGCGCGGGCAGCCAUGGAAGAACUCACGGCUUUUGUAUCCAAAUCUUUCGACCAGAAAAGCAAAGAGAGCGGCGGCGGCGGCGGCGGCGGCAACAAGAAGGAGACUAUCACGUACCGGGAAGUUUUGGAGAGUGGGUUGGCUCGCUCCAGGGAGCUUGGGAACUCCGAUUCGGCGCUGCCGGACAUGACCGAGGGCAGCAAUCAUUGCCCCGUGCACCUUUUCAAGGACCACGUAGAAAGCGACAAAGACAAGCUGAAGGAGUUUGCCGCGGGCAGGACGGCGGAAG